AUGUCGAUCGUCAACGGACCAGUGUCCAGUAACCCUGUCAUUGUUGUUGUUCCUGCCUCAUUCUCUCCCCCAAGCCUUUACACGGGGUUGGUUGAGGCAUUGGGCCGCCAUGGCUACGAAACAAUUGUGAUUGAUCUUCCUUCCGUUGGCAAUCGCAGGCGAUUCUCAGCUGCAACAAUGGCCGAGGACGCAGACCACAUCAAGUCCCUCACCAGCAAGUUGGCCGAUGAGGACAAAGAAAUCAUCCUUGUCAUGCACUCAUAUGGGGGCAUAUGUGGUACCGAAAGCUCAAAGGGUGUCACAAAGGCGGAGCGUGUGCUAUCCCAGGCAAAAGGGGGUAUUAUUCGGCUUUUCUACAUCAGCUCCCCUGUUCCAGGAGUGGGAGGUUCGAUAGCAACACAGAUGGGCGAGAAUAUGCCCGAAUUCAUUAAGAUCGAUGGCGAUUAUAUGGUCCCCGAACCAGACGGUUGUGCUCAAACAAAUUUCUCGGAUCUGCGCCCAGAAGAGGGAGUGGAAUUUGCUAGGAUGAUGCUCCCACAUUCGAGGAUCAGCUUCACUGGGACACUUUCCCAUUCAGGCUACCAUAACGUUCCGGUGUCAUACCUAGUCUGUAAGGAGGACCUAGCAGUACCGCCACAGGUUCAAGAGGCUGUUAUCAGGCAAAUAGAGGCGGAGAGUGGCCGUAAAGUCGAUGUUCAUACUUGUCAAGCUGGCCACUUUCCCACCAUCAGUCGUGUCGAAGAGGUUUCUCGUGCUAUCAGACGCGCAAUAGGAGAGGUGCUGUGA